AUGACCCCUACACCAAAGCUUACACCUGCUCUUCGUGAGCGCAUCUGUGAGCUUCAUGAUGCUGCUGGAUGGGGGUAUAAGCGAAUUCAUAAGCGAUAUCCUUUCGUGUCUCUCUCUGGGAUUCGAUACACUAUUAAAAAGGAGAGCGAGAGAACCGGCGGCGUAACGAAGGCACGUUCCGGACGUCCUAAAAAGCUAGAUGAAGCCGAUCAAGAGAAAUUAAAGCGCGCUAUCACUAAGAAUCCGAAGAUUACUCGCGAAGAGAUGCUUGCCGAAGUGUCGCAUAAAGUUAAAUACGAGACAAUUCGCCGUCUUCUAAAUGCUAAAGACAUAAAGAAAUAG